AGUAGCUUGGCAAUGUUAACAAACGACAAAGUGACCACAACUUUGUUGUCGAGGUUCGAAUGGCCACCGUUACUAUGAGCAAUCCAGCAUUCGCAUCGAAAAGUAACUAACACUACAGUGCUAGAAACUAUGGAACAAUUUUGAUAACGCGUAUUCGGUAUUGUGUAUAAGUGUUGGAACCUAGUCAUAUGUGCAGCAAAGGAAAUCGGAUAUAAAAACAGUAAUCUUGCAUCGCGAAUUUCUCGCUCAUAAUUCUCUUUAUUGCUGAAUAGUUACCUUGAGCAGUUAAAUUACAGUUCGUGGACGUGAGUGGCCAUAAUGAGCAAUCCUAAAUAGUGGUGGAUCCAUAGAACUGUGCCGGGUGUUCGCGACUUAGGGGAGGAAACUUAAUGUGCUUUAAAGACUUUGAAAUCUCAUAUUCCCUAAUGUACUAUAUGUAUGCAUGUACAUACAUAUAUUUACAGUGCCAUGCAGAACUGAAUAAACACCAAAUCUGAUAAAAGUGAAUUUACGCUAAUCUGAAAUAUUCCGGAUCUGCUUUGCAAAAAACGGUCUCCGAUCUUUCUGUUGAGCAUUAAACUCCAAGGACAACAUUGCAAAUUAAAUAAGCAAUCGUGCUUGGCAGCACAUCAAUUUGCACCAUUCAUUCUGAAUAAUAUCCGAAAUGCCUAAACUUUGUAUUUAGUAUCCGGCUCAGAUUUGCAACAUAUAUUUAUCCGGAUUUGAUUUUUUCCCACUGUAAUACUAUCUUUUUCUUCACAUAUGAUAAUAAUUUUGCAAUUGUAUUGAUGUAAACAUUGUGUUAUUGAAGCCAGAUUGCUUGUAAAGUGAGCGCUUGCAGCUGAGAAGAGCGACCAGUUCGAAGGCGUCCAUAUUUCCACACUUACAUAUUGGAAAAUGAAAUUGCUGCUAAAAGUGAAUUCCGAGAAGACCCGGAGACGUCAUAACACUUCGAGCACCAAACCAUGGAGUGAACGUGUUACUACCAACCGUAAUAAUCAGUCUACAACAAUCCUCCAAAGAGCAACUAAGAACUCAACAAUUUUCAUAGUCUUACUUCUAAUCGUAAUAAUAUUGGCCGGCGUUGCCAUUUAUUUCAUCUCCCAAUCUAAGUCACCAGCGGACCAGGAUACUGGUUCCAAAGAAAUAUUUUUCGGGAAUAAUUACGAUAAUACAGUCAUUCCAAAUUUGGGCAAUGGCCAUUUAGUGAUAGAUCGUAUCCAAUGGGGAUCAUCGGAUCGUAGUGUUCGUAAACAUCGUCUGGAACAGCCUAUUCCCUACGUACUGAUAACACAUAUUGGAGUCCAAUCUGUUCCAUGUUACAAUGUUUACAAGUGCUCAAUUAAAAUGCGUACAAUACAAGAUGCCGCAAUUGCCGAGAAAAAUUUAACAGAUAUUCCAGCUAACUUUUAUGUCGCCAACGAUGGUUACAUAUACGUAGGACGAGGAUGGGACUAUACCAAUGCUUAUGCAAAUAAAUCCCUGGCAGUGUGUUUCAUGGGUGACUACAUAAGGCAUCAACCCGAUGAGAAACAACUGGAGGCUACCCAGUUUCUUCUAGCAUAUGGAGUCACUAAUAAACACAUCGCUCUAGAUUAUAAAUUAGUAGCACAGAAUCAGACAAAAAAGACGAAAAGCCCUGGGGCAAACAUUUACAAAGAAGUUAUCAAAUGGCCCCAUUGGUACCCAUGCGGAACAGAAAACCACCCCAAGUGCGGAGAAGAGGUUGGAAUUACAAAUUGGGAAAUGAAUUUGUGAAAUGUUAAAAUUUCUUGUUGGCGUUAUUAAAUAAAGGAAAAAUUUAAAAAA